GAGAGUUAACGAAAAAUGGCUGCGACCAUGCUGCUGAAACAUGUCAGAUUUUUCAGACGGAUUUAUCCCAACUUUUGCAGCAUUUCUCGCGCUUAUGCAUCUGAGACGAGUACACCACAACCCACAGCAUCUACAGAAAUAGACAGCUCGCCUGAUUCCAAAGAUCAAGAAAUAACUGAUACAAAACCUACGGAAAAUAUAUUUGCUGACAACGAGAACACGUUCUACUCCCUUCUGCGCCGCUCCAAAUGGAUGCAGCUCGGAGAUCCAAUGGGCAAGGAGGUAGUGGGCACGAUAAAGCAAAUCCAAGGGAAUGAUAUCUACAUAGAUAUAGGACACAAAUUCUAUUGCAUAUGCGAAAAACCAAGGAUCGAAGGAAGCUACUGGCACUACAGAAUCGGAAGUAAAGUCAGAGUAAGAUUAGAAGAUUUAGAAUUAGCUGCAAAAUUUAAGAUGGGCUACAAAUCUGUGACGGCGUUGGAAGCCAGUGGAGUGCUAAUGGGGCCACUGGGAGGGAAGGAUAUUGAAGAUCAGCUGGCCAACCCCUUGGGGACCUUGGACCCGGACAUCCUGCAGGGUUUGGACUUGUUUGAAGUUUCUGAAGAGUCAGAAGACGUUGACCAGGAAAUGGUGGAUCAGGCAUUGGAAGACUGGGGCAGAAGUGACAGGGACAAAGAUGACUCGGUCAAAAUUGACUUGGACGAAAGUGACUUGGACGAAGAUGACUUGGACAAAGAUGGCUGGGACAAAAAUGACUUGGACAGUGAUGAAUGGGACAAAGGCUUGGACAAAGUUGACUUGGACAUAGAUGGCUGGGACAGUGAUGAAUGGGACAAAGGCUUGGACAAAGAUGACUCAGUUGAUGUAGGCAGUGAUGGAGAACCAGACGCACCCAAAAGUUAGUCUGCUACGCUUGCUGCUUCAUGGAACUGUUUUUCUUUAUUUGUACAUUAUCUUUAUUGUUAUAAAUAAAAAUAGAAA